UUCCUGAUUGUAAAACAACGAUGGCUGUCAAGAGGUUUGGAAGUAGCACUGUUGCAGAAAUUGCAGCUAAAAAGGCCAACGUCGUGCCUAUAAACACAGUAAGAGCCACGGUGUCAGGGGCGAAACUGUUCAGUAACUAUUUAAGUGAGAAGGGACACCGCGAUAAUUUUGAGGACUUCACUGUGGAGGAAUUGAACACUCAACUCAGUCAUUUUUACCAUGACGUACGCUCGAAGGGUGGCAAAUUGUACAAAACAACAACGCUUGACAACCUCCGGCAUGCCAUUAAUAGAUACUUGAAAUUAUCGCCUCAUUCAAGAGAAUUUGAUAUUAUUAAAGAUUCUAUCUUUACUGUUGCUAACCAGAGCUUUAAUGCUGCGAGGAAGGAGCUGAGAGCCGCCGGUAAGGGAGAAAUUGAACACUACCAGUAUAUAUCUGAAGAGGACAGAAGAGAGCUGUAUGAUUCCAGGCACUUGAAUCCACUGACACCAUAUGGACUGAUGAAUAAAGUGCAAUUUGAUGUGAGACUGCAUUUUUACAAACGCGGAUCAGAAAACUUUGAGAAGAUGACAAAGGACACAUUUGUGGUCUGCGUAGACCCUGAAACUGGCUUAAAAGUGGUUUUAAAGAAUUUAGAAGGAACAAAAAAUAUUUGUAUAAGUAAAGCAAAAAAGAAUGGAUUCAUGGAAGAAGAUCCAGGAUCUCCUUACUGCCCUGUGGCAUCAUAUGAAAAGUAUAUUUCAAAACUAAAUCCAAAAACAGAAAGGUUAUGGCAGUAUCCUCGUGGUAGACUUGCAGCUGGUCAUGAUGAGAUGGUUUGGUAUGGAAAUAAACCAAUGGGACGUGAUGGUCUUGCAGGCUUCAUGUCAAAACUUGCAAAAAAUUGUGGAAUGUCAAAACGAUAUACUAAUCAUAGUGUAAGGAUCACUGGUGCUAAAAUUUGUUCUUCACAAAAUUUAUCCAUAAUAUCAGCAAAUGUUCCAAAUUGUAUGUCGACAAAAGCACCUUCCACCCUAAAACCAGCAUCAUUAUCUCCACCAGAAAUUACGGCUAACUGCGCGUGCAGUACAACAGGUAUUCGAUGUGAUUUGGUUGACGAUCCAACCUUAGAUAAUGAAAAAGGAACUCAAUGUGAUUUGCUCACAUUGCCAAAUGCUCUAGAUCCACUGAUGAUUGAAAUUCAAGCACUGCGCCGAGAAAAUGAGGACCUUAAGCAGGAGCUGUUCCAGUACAAAUUACAAAAUUUAAAGGCUGAACCAUCAUAAUGGUCUGAAUGAAGCUGUAGCAAGCUUAUACCAUACCAUAUUAAGUACCAUAAUAUUAAUUAUGGUACAAUAACUGAGAAUUUCAUAUUGUACUUUGAAUGUAUGAGUUUAUUAUCUGAAUGUGAUAAUCUUGGAUCCCAUGACUUGAUUAUCUAUUUUCAGUGUUAGCAGUUAUUUAAAAUUAUCGCUUAUUCAGAAUUUACCUCAUCUGUAAUUAAUGUGUCAUGAAGCUUAAGAAGCUAAGUAGAGUUGAGUCAUGUACAUGUACUACUCUGUAAAUCUAAGAAUACUAUUUAUUGCCUGUAACUUAAUAUAUGACCAUGUUAAUUAUUCGAAUGGUUGCAUAUUCUUGGUUCUUGCUUUUCUUAAAGGAGUUGCCAACAUUUUGAGAAUCUACGAAAAGUAAUGGGACUCGCCAUCAUUUUAAAGUUGAUGUACAGGACAUGCCUGAAGAUAAACUACAAAAUUAAUGUUUGAUAGCUGUGUAACAGAACUGGACAAUCCAGGUUUGAAUCAAUCACCAGCGUCCAGGUAGCUCAAUUGGUUAGGACAUCUGUCUAGAGUUUGAAGGUCUGAGGUUCAAAUCCUGGUCUAGCCCUGCACUUUACCCUCUCCUGUUACAUGUGAACUGUAAUGUUAACAUAUUCCGUCUGCGUAUUGCAGAUUUAUCUUCUCUUAUGUGCAGGUAUUGAUUGUUAUGUCAUUGGUUUGUGUGAGAAAAU